GAUAGCAACCAGCCGCGCCCGCGUCCGCCCAAUUCUGCGCCAACUCUAUUUUAAAAUGCAUUUCAUCCGAAGUGUCCCUUUUUGAAACGUUUAAUUUAUGGUGCGCGAGGGAAUCUAACACAUGUGGCAGCAGGGAAUAAGGUUCAAUAUAGCGAGGCAGAAGCCUGGCUAACCGUUCCAAGAGCCCCAUUGUGCGCCCGGAUGACACGGCAGUUCACUGGCAUGUGACGCGGGCGCAGUGAGCGGCAUGCGAGGCGAGCGCUCCAAGCGGGCAGCGCUCGCGGCGCUCGCAGCGCUCGUCGCGUUCGGCCUGCCGCCACUCGGCACGGCCGAGCUCGACCACGCUGUGGCAGAUGAAGCCAGACGGGGCCGGUACGGAGACCCGUGUUCAGUAGCUGCUGACUGCAACUUUCCGGAAUCUGUCUGCGAUGAGACCCAGAAGAUCUGCCAGUGCCACGAGGAUUUCCAGGUCACCAACCACGUCGACAAGUGUGGGAAACCUGCUGCAAUAAACGAAUCAUGCACGUUCAACGAGCAAUGCGAGGAUGUGGUGUUCAAAACGGAAUGCAAGAAUGAGCGAUGCGCGUGCAAAUUCGAGAUGGUGCCAGAGGUCACGCUCGAUGGCGCUGUCGUUUGCAAAUCGCACAAGCAAGUGGAGGAGCCGAUUCGAACGCUGGACCCGGCGAUGAUCGGCGUCCUGGUCGGCAUGGCUCUCAUGUUCGUCAUCAUCUGCGUCGUGCUUCGUUUGUUUAGCAGAGCGCGGUGGAGGGAGAACCGGACGAUCUUCAACACGCCAAACCCACGACUAAUGAACGUGUCCUUGUUGCGAGAUUCGAAACUGUUGCACUCUCAGGACCGUCGUGGCUCUCGCGUGAGUAUGCGUCCCCCCUCCAGACAGGCCAGCCAGCAGGAGCUGCGACCCCACUCGCCAAGCCCAGCACGUCAUCACCAAAGCCAUCAGCUACACAGAAAACCCUCAGGUUCGCGGCGCGGCUCAAGAGCGAGCAGUGCGCACUCCGCCACGUCUCUGAGGUCAGCGACGCUCCGAUCACCAACGACUCCCGGCCCCACCUCGGUCACCGUCGAAAUACGUGCUCCCGAUGCAUAAAUAAAACGUGAAAUGGACAAACGAUCUGCAAUGACAAUGAUGAAAGUGAUUUAGUAGCUACAAAAGCUUUUAUAAGUCAACGUCACGAGUCGUACUUAGGCGAAUGUAAAAAUUCAGUCCAACAUUACCAACAUUUGUGAUAUAUACUAUCGUUCGAUAUGGUUAAGCUUGUUCAACAAUAUAAUGUUUAUAGCAAUAAUAUAACGCACUCUUAAAUAUUGACUGUCGAAAAUCAGCCACUUGAAAAGUGCCUCGAAAUUAAUACGCAAUGACAUUCAAGUUUUACUUUUCGAUAUAAAAUAUAAACACUUUAGACUAAUGAGUUUACAAAUAUUAGAUGUAAUCACAUUUCACGAUUCAAAUAUUAAGGUCACAUAUAGAAGUAGAGCACAGUUCAACGAUUUUCAUAGUUAAUAAGAGAUAGUAUAGUCUAUUAGCUUUUUUAGCAUUAGAAAGGAGGCUUUUUGGCAAUUUUUGUAGUUUCAUAGUUUUAAUAACGUCGAUUAUUAUGUGUAAGUCUAAUUUCAAAUUAAAAUCUUUUUCAUGUUCCCGUUUGUAAGUAAAUGCUAGAUUUCGUGAUUAUCUCUGCCUUAGAAUUAAUAGCUUAACUAAGCGUAGAAGUAAAUUUAUUUUCGGGGACCAUCUCCUAUCGCCGGAGUGAUCUGUAUUAUGAAAAUUAUGGAUAUAUUGAAAAUGGUGAGAAGCUUCGAUGCCGCUUCUAUACUAUAAGACUUUAAAGAUUUAGCUUUAAUUUUAAGGGCGGAAGAUUUUAGCUUUUCCUUUGAUGAUUUCUAUGAGAGAGUUGUGAAUCGAUUAAGAAUCUUUCAUUGAGUUUUCAUGUAGUCUCGUUAGUAAUCUUUAAAUGUAAUUUAAUGUGUAAAAAGGGGAAUUUUACACAAAAUACGAUGUAAGUCCUAUGCACUUCUGAUGCUUCGACCAAUGUUUAUGCAAAGCGCACAAAUACGAACAGAUUUAGUGCUCCUAAAAUGUACAACAGCGUUAAAUGUAUAAAAUUCAAUUAAUUCGAUGUCAUCCACGUGUAGGAUACAUCCCAAUUAAGGGGAAAAGUUGGGGUGUUGUCCGUACAGUUCAUCAUCAUGUCUUGGAUAAAGCAAAGUUAAUCGAUUAAGCUAUUGUAUUUAAAAUUGAAAAAUAUGCUCACAUUGUGAAAAAUGUAUUUCCAACACUGUGCUAGUAAAUCUACUGAAAAUUAAUGCUAUAAUUUAAUUAUAUAUUAUGAUCUUUUAUUAAAACUUAUACUUCCGAA